UUUACGUCACAAAAGCGACGGAGAUUGCGUCGGUAGCAGCAAGCCAUUAGGUGUUCCCCGUGCGCGUCGUCCAAUGUUGCCCGCUGUCCUUCGCUGCUCUCGGUCCACCUGUCUCAGCCACUCCGCCCUCGCAGCCCGCUUGGCCUCCUGCAUGGAUACCACCCGGCCCGUGGAAGGUGCCAUCACCACCAAACUGACAGACGCCUUUCAUCCGGAUCACCUGGAAGUGCACAACGAAAGCCACAUGCAUGCUGUGCCCCCUGGCUCGGAAUCGCAUUUCCGUGUGCUGGUGGUCAGCGGUCGCUUCCAGGGGCUUUCGCUGCUGCAGCGCCACCGUUUGGUCAAUGAAACCUUGAAGGCUGAGCUGAGCACUUGUGUUCACGCGCUGGCUAUUCAGGCCAAGACGCCCGAGCAGUGGCGCGGAGAUCCCAGCCUGGCGAAGAGCCCCCCCUGCUUGGGGGGGUCGCGAGGGGAUCGCUCCAUGGAGGACAAACUGAAAGCGGGACAUUAAUGGGGACACUUGCUGACUUGGACCUCCUGGACGCCAUAUAUGUUGACAUUCAACAACCUUUAUAUGCAACCUAAUAAACAUGUAUAAUCUCUCAAAAAA